CAUCAUAUUUCUCUUCGAUCUUUCUCUCUUUUUUUUUUUCUUAUCAUCUUCUUCUUCUUUUUCUUUUUGUUAUUCGUUAUAUAUCUACUAGAGAUCAUCGAUCUACUCGGAACACCUACGGCGUAUCAAGUUUAAUUUUUUGCACGAAUUUCUACCACAACUUGGACGUGACGAUUCAAUAAGAUCAAAUAAAAAACUUGAAACGUGAGUGAAUCAUGAGUCGGUCAUCCUAUCGAUACAGUGAGUUCGUUAAUUUAAUUUCCAAUGAUAAUAAUAACAAUAAUAUUAACAACAACAACAAUAAUAAUAAUAAUAAAGCAAAAAAGAAAUAAAAAAAAAUAAAAGAAGAAAGAAAAGAAAAAAAAAAGAUCGAAAUAUUCUGUUAAUAUUUAACAUAAUGAAGCUAUUAACGUUCGACAGGAGGUAAGAAAUAUUUAUCGUGUCGAUGCGAUAUCGAUGCAAUUAUUCGUGCAAUUAGUCGUACGUCAGGGUAAACCUGUGAGAGACGCCAUGGAUAGGUGUAAUCUGAUGGUUCGAGAUAUCUCGACACGCUAUGACAUAGCACUGUGUAAAGGACAUCAUGAUCGGCACGAUGCACGAUUUCGUUUAAGUGUUAUUCGAAUCCUACGAACGAAACCUUUCGACCUCCGUUAAUUAUAUAUCACCCUGUCGUGGUCCAAAGGCCAAAGUUUCUCUUCUUCUGCUUCUUCUUCUUCUUCUUCUUUUUCUUCUAUUUGAAUUUUCUCUAACCAGUACGAGCUAGGAAAAUUCAUAAUUUAUUACCCGAUGCUCGGACAUCAUACCGUUGAUGCUUUUCAAACGAAGAUUCAUCGUGUCCCGUCGUGCGUCACAUUCAAAAUCAUUUUCAAAUAUUUUAUUACCUGUUUUUUCUCUCCUCUUUUCUUUUUUUCUAUUCACUCUUUCAAUCACCCGAUAUUAUCCGAUUCCUAUCGUACAAUUGCAAUUUAUUUACAAUUAUUUGACCGUCCUGACCAAUGACCAUUUUCGAAUUGAAUUUUCAACAAAUAUCAUAGGUAAAAUUCUAAUUGGAAUAUUCUAAAACACGUCGAACGUUUAUAAAAUAACUUGUAACAUUCACCGAUAAGAUACAGAAGUUAUAUCACUUGAUAAGUAUCUUUUGGUGGUAAGGCUAACGGUUGAUCAAAGAGAUAGUAUAUAUAUGGGUACUACCGCGCUAACAACUAUGUCCUGUCGACAUUAUCGUUAUCAAUGAUGAUAUCAACUAGGAUUAUCGGUCGUCGUUAACUAAAUUAUUCGAUUUAUUAUCAUUAUCUACAACUUUUAUUCGAAAUCGUUAAGAGAAUUAGCUUAUUAAUAUCCUCUCUCACGUGCCAACGUCAACUAUACCUUGGCUCACCUAACGAGUUAAUUUCGAUUAAAAAGAAUUUCUACGCGACUUUCGUUUCCCAUCUUUCUGUCAAAAAAUUCGAAAUAAUAUCCGAGAGAGUUCAUAUUUAACUAAAAUAAUUUCAUUAAACUCGUCCUCGUUAAGUCGUUAAGAAGAGUAUCAUUUUAAUUAACAUAUACUUCACGUGCCGACAACAACGAUCGACUUGCAUAACGAGUUAAUUCUGAUUAAAAAAAAGAAUUUCUACUACAUUAUCUCUUCAUAUCAACAAAAAAAAAAAGAAGAAGAAGAAGGAAAAGAAAAAAUCCGAAUAAUAUUCACAGAGUUCGAAUUUCACGAAUAAUUUUUUAUCAAACUCAUGAUACCAUGGGUAUGACAUUGACACGAGAAUAAAGUCGAUUUCUUAAUGGCAACUGUAUAGUACCAGUGAUAUAUUGCGAUGGUCAGGGUCGACCGUUUGUGCUUGGAGAAAGAGAAAGAUCGAGGGUGAACGUUCCUCGACGAAUCGAAAGGAUGUUCGCCAGGCUUUGCAGACAAACUCCGAACGGAGACUUGAAGAGGCGACACUCCUGGAAUAGCGAAGCGGAUUAUCAAUCGGUGGAAACAGGAGCUGAAACUGUUUCCGGAGAAGAGGGUGAUAUUUCGUCUUCUGAAAACGACGAUAGGAUAUCCUACAAGGAAAAUGGCUGUUCGAUGCAGACGGUGGACUUGGUGGCGAAUUGUCCACUUCCGGUGGUGACAGGAUCCUCAAGGUCGCCAUCGCCAUCAAGGUCGUCGACUCCCACGACGCCCUUGACACCCGUUGCAUCGACGAGGAGCAUGGGGCAACGGCCAAGUACACUUUUGCGUCCGAAGAUCUCUUUGACUUGGGUCCUCCGUGGUCAGCAACAACAACAACAACAAUCGCAACAACCGCAACAACAACAGCAACCACAGCAACAGCAACAGCAACAGCAACAGCAACAACAAUCUGCUGCUACUGGUAACGGAAAUCAUUCAGUUUCCAACACGACGGGUUCGUAUUUGAUACUUUUGAUCAUUCUUUUCCAUCGAUUUAUUUUUUUACAACAAUUUGCAAUUUCUACAGGAACAAACGUUCAUCGUGAUACACUUUCCCAUGACAGCAGAGAGGUAUCCUCGAGAAGAAGCAUCAAAAGCGAUAAAGAAAAGGAUGCUGCCAAGGAGAACGUCGUGGGACAAGAGAAACGUGAAAAAAAGAUCCUUCAUCGAAUCGAAAAGAUCGACAAAAUGGAGAAGUCCAUCAGCAAAGAGACGAUAAUUAACGACAAAACGAUCGAGAGUCUGUUGGAGAAGUAUCCAGAAAAAGAAUUGUUCGCAAGUGCGAAAGACACGAGGGAAAAGGAAAAAGUAAAGAAAGCAGUUUCCGAACCCUCUCUCGUAUCUCGUGAAUCAACGUCGACCCCAAACAGUCGUGACAAACACAGACACAGACGUACGAAACGUCCACAUAAAACGAGACCACCCAGUAGAUUUGGUUAUGAGAUUGCCGACCUUGAUGCAUUUUUAACAAAGGCAUCCAUCGAGAGACCAGCUAACAUCCCAGUUGUUUUAUCAUUCCCAUCGGUCUUAUAUCAAACGCAAGGUGGUACACAGGACGAAAUGGCUUUACCGCUCGGAACAGUAGUAAAUGCGGUCUUUAAAAAUCAGACUUGGCUCUACGUGCAAACGCCACAUGGCCAAGAAGGAUAUGUCGGAUAUGCAGCCUGUUUACCGCUAGGUAUAUUACCGCAACCUACGCGUGGUCCAUGUUGGGAAGACUCAACCGAUGUUUUUCCACGUCCAUUGGGUAACAUGACUGAUACAGAAAAAUUAAGAGACACCAGAUCGGAAUGCGGUGCACGAAGUAGAAACGCAAGAGUAAGGAGAGGCUCCCGAGAUGCGGUUUCCGCUUGCGGAGAACGCAGUGUCGACAGAUUGUAUCUGAGAGCAGCUGCAAACGCUAAAACGAAAGGUGCUAGGCAUACAUUACUCGUCAUACGUAACGAUUACGAAGGUCGUGGUGCAAACUCUCUGAGUGUUUCUAAAGGUGAUGUCGUUGCUCUUCUAAGCGACCACGUCAAUGAUUGGUUUUGGGUUCGAUCCAGAGAUGGUAGGGAAGGUUUUAUACCGGCUGUGGUUGCUGGUCAUGGUUUCUUAUAAAAAAAAAAAAAAAAAGAAGAAGAUACAGUCAUACGUAGUAUCCAUUGAUUUGAUGAAAAAACAAUGGUACGAUUGUACAUUUGUUGUAUAAAAUUUUAUAUGGUGUGCAAAAUGUUAUUGUAAUAAUAUAUUUAUUACUUAAACGAAAAAGAUUGUAUCUUUGCUAAAGAAAUUUCUUAUGAGAUAUGAUACGAGGUGAUACGUUAACUCCGUCAUAAAGAAUUCUUUACAAAAUUAUUAAUGAUAUCACAUUCGUACGUGUAAAUAAGGAUAUUAACUUACAUCAGGGGCAUACUCCAAAGUUAGUUCCAAUGGUGGUCCUUAAGCUGGCGUAAU